AAACAACAAUGCCAAACAGAUUACAACAAGCCAUAGGAGCAAUCAAGGAUCAAACAAGCAUAAGUCUAGCCAUAGUCAAUAGCUCAUCUAAUAUCCAAAUUGCAGUCCUCAAAGCCACCUUACACGACGAAUUACCCAUCGAUGAACGUUAUGUAUAUGAAAUUCUUGACCUGAUAUCGUCUGACAAAAACUAUGCAUCUUCGUGUGCACGAGCCAUAUGCAAAAGAAUCACUCGUACCCAUAAUUGGAUUGUUGCUCUAAAAUCAUUAAUGCUUGUGUUACGUAUAUUUCAAGAUGGUGAUCCUUAUUUUCCUAGAGAAAUUCUUCAUGCAUCAAAAAGUGGUGGUAGGCGGCUAAAUCUUUUAGAUUUUAACAAUUAUUCAAAAGCAAACCCAUGGGACUAUACCGGGUUCAUUCGGACGUUUGGUUUGUAUUUAGAAGAACGUCUGGAAUGUUUUCUGACCGGGAAACUUCAAAGAAGAUAUACACACAACAAUAAAGAUGGAUGUAAUCACUUUAGAAAGAAAAGUAACGAUAUGAAACCUGCAAUGUUGCUUGAUAAAAUUGCUUACUGGCAACGAUUGCGACAACGAGCAAUCGCUACAAGACCAACUGGUAUUGCGAAAGAUAACCAGUUGGUCAAGAUAUCAUGUUAUGCGGUUGUUAAAGAGAGUUUCAAUUUGUAUAGAGAUAUUUCGGAUGGGUUGGCUCUUUUGCUUGAUAAUGUCUUGCCCUUGCCAUACCAAUCACGUGUUAGGAUACUCGAAAUCUGUGUAGAUGCCAAAAAGCAGUUUGAAGAGCUUCACGAGUUUUAUACCGAGUCUAUAUCGCUUGGUGUUGGGGAAAGUUUGGAGUAUCCGACUGUCCAGCUAUUGUCGAAGGAGCUGAUUGAGACGCUACAGGAACUUUUGAAGGAUCAAACAACUUCCCAAACACAGGAUAAAGCAUUGGUUCUCCAAGGGGUUAAUUUGUUCUCAAGCCAUCAAAGUUAUGGAGAAGAAUCCGUUUUCUCGGGGUUUAGCUCGUCUACAGAGAGGACUUCUGAUAAAACUUCUGAAUCUGGUUCAGAAUAUGAGUCAUCUGAGAAAAUAUUGAUCGCUACAGAGGAGGCAAAAAGCCCUUCAAUCUCGAUUGGCUUAAAGGCAUGUUCGGACCGUUCUGAUAUGAACUGUUCAACUGGUUCCUCGCAUGUGACAAACCCUGCGGACAACCUUGUUUCUUUCGAUGAAUGGCCAGCUAAAGAUGAGAACAAAGAAAACCAAGAAAACGAAAAGAACCAAGAUUUAUUGCAAUCAGUUUUGGCGACCGAUUUGUCUGAGUCAUCUUCAUCAAAUUCCCAAUCGCAGCCAGCCUCGAGCAACAACUGGGAGUUCGUUCCAGCCAAGAGUGAGACACCUUCAUCAAAUACUCUAACCCAUAGUUUUUGUGAUUUAGAGAAUCCUCAAGCACAAAAUGGUUUUAAGAACUUCUCCAAGCGUAGAGAAACUGGUUCAAAUUAUGGUUGGGAGCUUGCGAUGGCACAGACACCCACCAACCAACAAUCACCUAAUCAAACAACUAUUUUGAUGAACACCUUCGAGACGUCUAGCGACUACAAAUUGCAUAGACACCCACAACCUCAACUUACACCUAUUAACCAUGAUAACCCAUUUCUAUAUGAUCUAUAUGACAUUCCAGUCAAUAAUUCAUGCAUUAUAUCAUACUGGUCACAAAAUCAGGCAAUUGAUACAAACAAUCCAUUCAGAAAAGUACAGAACGAUCCUUUUACACCAGGGGCUUCUAUAGAGGACUGCCCAGCACAAGUAACAAUAAGCAGAGAUGAGUAUUACAGGUUGAUUAAUCAACAAUACUUGCUACAGCAGCAGCUAUUGCCUAUUGGUGCUAAACAAGAUGAUUGCUAG